AUGAGAACAUCAAGUCUAUCCUAUGCUGGAGAACAAAAUAUCGGCAGAAGAAUCAGAAGCAAGAUCGUCCACGCAGCCCGCCUCCUCCUCAACCUUGCCGGCAACGAGCAGCUCUCUGCCGAAGACAUACAGCUCGUCCUCUUCUCCGUCGGUGCCAACGCUGAAGGUGGCCGUCUUGAGAAGCUCAUCUCUGGCGACAAGCAGACUACCUCCUCCUCAACCUCGCCGGCAACAAGUAGCUCUCUGCCAAGGCCCUCAAUCUCGUUCUCUCCUGGAGACUCAAAAACAUCAGUAGAAGAACUAAAGGAAGAGCCGUUCUCGCAGCCUACCUCCUCCUCAACCUCGCCGGCAACGAGCAGCCCUCUGCCGAGGCCAUCAAGUUCGUCCCAUCAUGGAACCUCAAAAGGUGUCAGCAGCGGCAUGACAAGAAAAAGUUGCAGAAAGGGUAAAGGAAAGAAAGUGUGA